AUGAGUGCCAUUGAGUCUGUUUUUCCUAAUGCUAAGCAUUUACUAUGUCAUUGGCACAUCAACAAAAAUAUUUUGGCAAAAUGUAAGAAGAUGUUUCUUGACAAGGAAACAUGGAAUUUGUUUAUGAGUGUAUGGGGUACUGUGGUUGCAGCAAACACUGAGGUGGAAUAUUUGCGGAGAAUAAAUGAGCUAACGACCACCUUUAGCCAUACUCCUACUGCUGUUGCGUAUGUCUUUGAUACUUGGUUAAAUCCAUACAAGGAGAGGUUCAUUGCUGCAUGGACCAAUAACUGUAUGCAUUUUGACAAUUUGACUACAAAGAGGGUUGAGAGCGCACAUGCAAAGCUUAAGAAACAACUAGGUUGUUCACUGGGUAAUUUCGAUUCUUUAUGGUCGAAAAUUCAUUCACUUCUGGAGUUGCAUUUUACUGAGAUAAAGGCCUCAUUCGAGAAGAGCGCAACUGUAGUACAACACAAAGAGUCUUGGGGCAUCACAGAGUUGUGUGGUUGUUUGAAUAGACGCAUACACGGUCUUCCAUGUGCUCAUGAGCUCGCUCACUAUGUGAGAGAUGAAGUUCUGAUCCCUUUAUCAGCUUUGGACACUCAUUGGAAGAGGCUUCACAUAAUCCCACGUGAUCAACCACAAAUUCCUGACUUUAUUCUAGAAUUAAACAGGUUCGUGGACAAAAUCAUGAAGGAAGAUAGUGUCAAGUGGCCAUACUAUGCAAGAAAGAUUCGAGAAAUUUUCGAUCCCAAUACAACACACUUGGUAGAGCCUAAAGAGAAGGUAAAGACACGAGGUAGACUUUCGAAGAAGGACAAGUCAACACGCCGAAAACCAUCUGCAUUUGAGCUUGUUGAUGUUCCAUGCGUUGACAUGUGUAUACCGUCAUCAACUCAGAAUUCUGUAGCAAGUGCUUGUGUUACAGAUAAAAUUCAAAAGAAACGAGUAAAGAAAAUAUCAGUUCGACAUAAACUACAAACAACUACUGCAGACAAAUGA